ACCGCUAACAGUCAUUCAACAACAGUGGGAGGAGAAGAAGAAAAAGGGCUCUCGGUCUUUAGGGGGUGAGGGACGGGUCGACGGUUUUUGUUCCGUUGGAGAUUCCUGCUUAAACGGUGAGCAGGAGCCACAACACCCGAAACACAAGAGCCCGUCCAGCCGCACCGAAGGGGGCCAUCCAGUCACCGACAGACCGAGCCCCGAGGAGGCGGCUCAUCGCAGGUCGUUUUACGUAUCGGAACCGAGGAGCUUUUGUCUCUCCCCAACUCCUGCGGGUCUGGGGGGUUCCAGCAGGGGCGACAAAGACGAUCUUGUACGCCCAGGGAAGGAGGCUGGGAGUCAGGGAGGGUUCCAGCCGCAGGGACGGGGCGCCGUGGCGAUUGAACGGUCGGGCUGUGGUGAACCCUUUGCGGCUAAGUGGAUGGGAUGGAGCCGGGACCAUCUGGCGCUGUGCCCAUGGGGCCGUACCCCCCACCCCUGCAGCAGGUGUUCCAGGCUCCCCGCAGGCCGGGCAUGGGCACCGUUGGCAAGCCCAUCAAACUGCUUGCCAACUACUUUGAGGUGGAGAUUCCAAAAAUGGAUGUUUACCACUAUGAAGUGGACAUCAAACCUGAUAAGUGUCCUCGGCGGGUCAACAGGGAGGUUGUGGAGUACAUGGUCCAACAUUUCAAACCGCAGCUUUUUGGAGACCGAAAGCCGGUGUACGAUGGAAAGAAGAACAUCUACACUGUCCUGGCUUUACCUAUAGGCAGUGAAAAGGUUGAUUUUGAGGUGACCAUCCCUGGCGAGGGGAAGGACCGCAUCUUCAAAGUGUCCAUCCGGUGGUUGGCAAAGGUGUCAUGGAGGCUUCUGCAGGAGACGCUGGUCAGUGGACGUCUUCAGGUCCCUCUCGAAUCUGUCCAAGCCCUUGACGUUGCGAUGAGACAUCUGGCCUCCAUGAGGUACACUCCAGUCGGCCGUUCUUUCUUUUCACCUCCUGAGGGUUACUAUCAUCCUCUGGGUGGCGGCAGAGAGGUGUGGUUUGGUUUUCAUCAGUCGGUCCGGCCAGCCAUGUGGAAGAUGAUGCUUAACAUUGACGUAUCUGCAACAGCGUUUUAUAAAGCCCAGCCUGUCAUUGAGUUCAUGUGUGAGGUUCUUGACAUCCGCAACAUCGAUGAGCAGCCCAAAACACUUACAGACUCACAGCGAGUCCGUUUCACUAAAGAGAUUAAAGGUUUUGCUGUUGGUGGAGGAAGCCAGAUGAGUGGUGUGUCCACCGGACUAACAGGCCUGAAGGUUGAAGUUACACACUGUGGUCAGAUGAAGAGAAAGUACCGCGUCUGCAACGUCACCCGUCGCCCUGCUAGUCACCAAACAUUUCCCCUGCAGCUUGAGAGCGGACAGACGGUCGAAUGUACAGUAGCUCAAUACUUUAAACAGAAAUACAACCUGCAGCUCAAAUACCCCCAUCUGCCCUGCCUACAGGUGGGCCAGGAGCAGAAACACACCUACCUGCCCCUGGAGGUUUGCAAUAUUGUAGCGGGGCAGCGUUGUAUCAAGAAACUGACAGAUAAUCAAACAUCCACAAUGAUCAAAGCCACGGCACGCUCAGCCCCGGACAGACAGGAAGAGAUCAGCAGACUGAUGAAGAAUGCUAAUUUUAAUCUGGAUCCAUACAUUCAAGAGUUUGGGAUUAAGGUAAAGGACGACAUGGCCGAGGUGACGGGGCGAGUCCUUCCUGCUCCGAUCCUACAGUACGGUGGGCGGAAUCGUGCCAUUGCGACUCCCAACCAGGGUGUUUGGGAUAUGAGAGGAAAACAGUUUUAUAAUGGCAUUGAGAUCAAAGUUUGGGCCAUCGCCUGCUUCGCUCCACAGAAACAGUGUCGGGAGGAGGUGUUGAAGAACUUUACUGACCAGCUGCGUAAGAUCUCAAAGGACGCCGGGAUGCCCAUCCAGGGUCAGCCGUGUUUCUGUAAGUAUGCACAGGGAGCAGACAGCGUGGAGCCCAUGUUCAGACACCUGAAGAACACAUACUCUGGACUUCAGCUCAUCAUCGUCAUCCUGCCAGGAAAAACACCCGUCUAUGCUGAAGUGAAGCGUGUUGGAGACACUCUUUUAGGAAUGGCCACUCAGUGUGUUCAGGUGAAGAACGUGGUGAAAACAUCUCCUCAGACGCUCUCCAACCUCUGCCUCAAGAUCAACGUCAAGCUCGGUGGCAUCAACAACAUCCUGGUGCCACAUCAACGGUCCGCUGUCUUCCAGCAGCCGGUGAUCUUCCUUGGAGCUGAUGUUACUCAUCCACCUGCUGGUGAUGGAAAGAAGCCAUCUAUCACUGCUGUGGUUGGCAGUAUGGACGCUCAUCCCAGCAGAUAUUGUGCUACAGUUCGAGUACAGCGACCCAGACAGGAGAUCAUUGAAGACCUUUCAUACAUGGUGCGAGAAUUACUCAUUCAGUUCUACAAAUCAACACGCUUCAAACCCACAAGAAUCAUCUUCUAUAGGGACGGUGUACCAGAAGGACAGUUACCACAGAUUCUGCAUUAUGAGCUGCUGGCCAUCAGAGACGCCUGCAUCAAACUGGAAAAAGACUACCAGCCCGGCAUCACUUACGUAGUAGUACAGAAACGCCACCACACGCGUCUCUUCUGCGCCGACAAGUCAGAAAGAAUUGGGAAAAGCGGGAACAUUCCGGCAGGAACUACGGUUGACACCAGCAUCACUCAUCCGUUUGAGUUUGAUUUCUACCUGUGCAGUCAUGCGGGUAUUCAGGGCACCAGCCGGCCAUCUCACUACUACGUCCUGUGGGACGACAAUCGUUUCACGGCCGACGAGCUGCAGAUUUUAACCUACCAGCUUUGUCACACUUACGUGCGCUGUACCCGCUCCGUGUCCAUUCCAGCGCCAGCAUACUAUGCCCGGCUCGUCGCAUUCAGAGCACGCUACCAUUUGGUGGAUAAGGAACAUGACAGCGGAGAGGGCAGCCACGUCUCCGGACAGAGUAACGGCCGGGAUCCCCAGGCGCUGGCCAAAGCUGUGCAGAUUCAUCACGACACCCUGAGGACCAUGUACUUCGCCUGAGAAAGCAUCUCUAAUACGCCCUACCGGGUCACCACACUCUUCCUCGAGCCAGUAAUCUGGGUGCUACCAGUUCUUGAAGCCCACCAACGUGAACAGAACUGAAUUCAGAAUCUCACACUUUGAUUUUCGUUUGAUCUGGUUGAACUAUGCUCUUUUUUAUUAUUUAAUUGUGUAUUAUCGUAUACUACCUUCGCACUCCCACAUGUACGUUCGUAUGCAAUACGGAGGGAAGGAAUGCAGACCAACAAGUCAUUUUGUAAGACACCACAAAGAUGCCUCUUAACCUGUAUGUCCGGGUGAUGCCCUGAGUGUAGGAAUUGUUUUACUCAUUGCAUUUUUUUUUAUUGUUGUGAUAUAUUUUUGUAAUUCUUUUUUUGUGAAUACAUGGUACAUUAGCACUUAGUUUUAGUUUAAAGGCACCACGAGCCCAGCAUUUAUAGUCUGUGAAACGUACAGACGGCAAUCGACUGUAGCAUGCCACGAAUGCAGGUGUCUCCAGUGGUGUAGCCGGUCGUAUUUAGACUCGCCUCAUUAGUUAAAGAGUGGCUGAAUUAGCAUAGAUGGACCAUAGGGUGCGUUAACUGCACUCGCAUCAGCAUUACACCGAAACCAGCGUUAUGCACCAGCCAAAUGCGAUGCCAACUGUUCGAAGGGGCUCUUGUCUUUAACACAUGCGUUUUUCUGCACUCCUAUUAUUUGUUGUAUCGUGACUCACAGUUUUGGUGCACAUAACUCUUCCUCCACUUUAAGGAAUAGUUUGGACAAAAAUGAAUAUAUAUUCGCUCUCAUGUUGUUCCAGCCCCGAGUUAUUUUUCACAAAACACAGCUGGAUGUAGAGCACUCAAAGGCAAAUAUACAAGGUGCUUUUUCCAUACAACUAACAUGGAUAGUGAUUCAUACUUUCAACUCGUAAUCAAAAAUAAGUGGCAUGUGUCCAUGCAUUUGCAUCAUCUGUUUGUUGUAUGGAAAACAGAAAAAUAAUACGGGUUUGGAAUAACGCAACAUUUUAUGUUAAAUUGUUCCUUACUAACCUUUGUAAGCAAUGCAAAAACAGCCAGUACAAACAGCAUACGGCACAUUUACGGUUGAGAUGCACAAUCCGUGCAUCCGUUUGAAUCUGCGCAGAAAUCCAACCAUGCAGGAAUAACUGUUUGUAUAUAGCAACCCACUACCCUCCCGCACACAGACGCUUUGCUUUUCUUGUUGGGCCACCGACAACCCACAUCACCAAAUGCUUCCACUACGUGUAGUUGUCGUGCAUUAUUUUAAAAGGUGCCCUCAGUAACACUGCCACAUUCCCUAUCAAACUCACAAGCACCUUGAACAAACACACACACUUUUUAUUGCACCUUUUACCUUCGCCUGAUGGAUGUUGUUGCGGUGGGCAUGCAGGAAAUUGUCCACAGUUUAGAAGAAGGUUAUGCCAUGUAUUCAUGUCAUAUACUGGAUGUAUGAAAUGCAUGUUUAAACUGAACUCGUGUUGUAAUCGGAGACUAGUUGUAAUCACAUUAAGAUUGUGCACUUGAUACCUGACGCCAUAUUUUUUCAUUUGGUUUACAGGAAUGGUUCAACCCAAAAUGCGUUUUUUUGUUAUUUACUCGCCCUUACCCGUUUGCUUUGAGGGAAGAAUGAGGUUUUUUUAAUGCAACAACAUAUUAUAGAGACCAUGACAGCUUCAAAGGACAAACAUUUCAAAUCUGCACUGCAAAAAAAUUAUUUUCAAGAAAACAUUUUCUUAGUAUUUUUGUCUUGUUUUCAGUAAAAAUAUCUAAAAAUUCUUAAAUUAACAUGCUUUUUCUUGAUGAGCAAAACGACC